AUGGGUAAUGACGGCGGAAGUAUUCCGAAACGGCGCGAGCUCGUUCGCGAAGCUGCCCGCGCUCCAAAUACCUCUCAGAUGAAAGAAACCCUGCGCGAAGCGCAAGAAUACGCCUGGACUACAUGCCCCCUCUCCCACAAAGUUCUGGCACGCCCAAUCGUCUCAGACGCCGUCGGCAACCUUUAUAAUAAAGAUUCUAUCCUCGAAUUCCUGAUUCCCGGUGACGACAAAGAGGGCAUCAGCUCGAAGUCUGACUGCGAGGAGAUUACUAGCGGCCGAAUCAAGUCGCUUCGUGAUGUGGUAGAGCUGCAUUUCGAGGUUGAUACCGAUGGCAAGGAACAUCCAUCCGAUCUUAUCAACGCGCACCGCCACAUUCGUCGUGAAGGCUGGGUCUGUCCCAUCACUUCUAAGCCACUCGGUCCCAACAUGAGGUCUGUCUACCUGGUACCCUGCGGCCAUGUCUUCGCUGAGGAAGCUCUUCGCCUGCUCAAGGUAGACAGGUGUAUUCAGUGCGAGGAGCCCUACACCGAAGAUAACAUCAUUCUUAUCUUGCCUACCAAAGAAGAGGACAAGGAGCGUCUCAUUGCUCGCGGCCAGAAACUCGCCGACCAGGGCCUUACGCACUCCCUGAAAAAAGCACCUGGCUCGAAGAAGAAACGCAAGAAGGCAUUGAUGAGCUCGGAUGGCCCGAGCGAGGCGACUCAGACUAAUGCCCCUGCAUCUUCGGGGAAUGGUAUCAAAAAUGCCGCGACUUCUCUGAUCACUGCUCGUGUGCUCGAGGAACAGAACAAGAAGCGACGAAAGAUGGCUGGUCGUAAUGAGAAUAUUGACAGUCUCUUUACCAAGGAGACAGAGGGCAAGAAGGAUGGUGAUUUCAUGACUCGGGGCUUCACCAUCCCCGCCUCGGCUCGUAGAUAA